CCACCCCCACCCUGAAAAAACAAAGGUGACUAAAAAACAACCGUUCGAGAGCACGUCCCGGACGUCAGGCAGAGGCUACGUGUGAUCUGGGACAAAGAACGCCGUCGGCAGGGAGAAAAUCCUGCGUGUAGGCGGGGGGAGGGACUAGCUGCCCGGCUUCCCUCCGCCUGAUUUCGUUGCGGAGGGAGCGGCCUGGACUGGGCCAGCCGCGUGGAGCGCCUGGGAGCAAGGAGAAGGAGUCAACUUGCGGAGAUGGAGGCGGUCAGCACCUGGGCGCUGCUGCUGGUGGUGCUACUCCUGGUGAUACCGCUGAUGCUGCGCUGGACCCGGACCCCAGGCCACCUGCCCCCGGGGCCCGCGCCGCUGCAGUUGCUGGGGAACCUCCUGCAACUCCGGCCCGGGGCGUUGUACUUGGAGCUCUUACAGGUGUGGAGCGGCGGGGACGCCCUGGCUAGACAGCCAUUUGACCCCUCCCUGCUGCUGGCCCAGGCCACCUCCAAUGUUGCCUGCUCCCUCACCUUUGGCCUCCGUUUCCCCUACGAGGAUAAGGAGUUCCAGGCCGUGGUCCGGGCUGCUAAUGGCAUCCUGCUGGGCAUCAGCUCCCCUUGGGGCCAGGCCUACGAGAUGUUUUCCUGGCUCCUGUGGCCCCUUCCAGGCCCCCGCACACAGCUCCUCAGCCAUGUGGGCACUCUGGCCACCUUCGCCAUUGAACAGGUGCAGCGGCACCGGGGGAGUCUGGACGCCUCAGGCCCUGCACGCGAUGUUGUGGAUUCCUUCCUGCUGAAGAUGGCAAAGGAGGAACAAGACCCAAACACAGAAUUCACUGACAAGAACUUGCUGAUGACAGUCAUUUAUCUGCUGUUUGCCGGGACAGGAACGGUUAGCACCACGGUCCGAUACACCCUCCUGCUUCUGAUGAAAUAUCCGGAGGUCCAAGAGCGUGUGCGGGAGGAGCUGACAAGAGAGCUGGGGGCUGGCCGGGCGCCAAGCCUGGGGGACCGAACCCGCCUCCCGUACACUGACGCGGUUCUGCAUGAGGCGCAACGGCUGCUGGCGCUGGUGCCCAUGGGGAUACCCCGCGCCCUCACGAGGACCACCUGCUUCCGAGGGUACACCCUGCCCCAGGGCACUGAGGUCUUCCCUCUCUUGGGCUCUGUCCUUCAUGACCCAGAGGUCUUCAAGCAGCCAGAGGAGUUCAACCCAGGUCGAUUCCUGGAUGCAGAAGGAAGGUUCAAAAAACAGGCAGCAUUCCUGCCCUUCUCCUUAGGUAAGCGUGUCUGCCUUGGGGAGGGCCUGGCUCGAGCAGAGCUCUUCCUCCUGGUCACCGCCAUCCUACAGGCCUUCUCCCUGGAAAGUCCAUGUCCACCAGGUGCCCUGAGCCUCCAGCCAGCCAUCAGUGGCCUUUUUAACAUCCCCCCUGCCUUCCAGCUGCAAGUCCGGCCCCGCUGACCUCCACCCCAUCCCACUGUAUGGACCAGAUGAAGGAGGGGUUUGCGGAGGUGGCAGCCUCAGCGUUGGACAUGGACAUGGCUGUU